CCUACAUCCAAUCACCAUAUUUUUAAUUUUAAAACCCCAAAGCAAGUUAAUUACCAAAAAGGAGUGUGCUUUAAGCUAAUUGUCACAGUGGUUUUGUGUUUUUUUUGUAGACCCAGUUUUUUGUUACUGUGUCUGCAUCUGUAUCUGUGUUAUGUUUGGCAUUUUGUUUUGGCAUUUGCUUGUUUGGUUCUUUCAUUUUCUUUUGUGGGUUUGAAGAUUGGGAAGGGAAGAGAAAGGGUGUGGGGGUGGGGAAGGAGAUAAUGGUAGUGGAAACGUGACUUUCAAGAGAAGAGCAGAGCAGAGCUGGAAACCAGCAACAAAGCUACGUGGAAUUUGUGGGGAUCAACCAGGAGAUAUAGAAAUUGGACUCAAGUUUCUCAGAUCUCUAGGAUCUCAAUUUCAGGAGUUGGAAAGGUGAUUUAGCAUCUGGGUUUUUCUAAGAAGUGGAAUAUCGAAAGGAGGUGCCUUUUUGGGUAAUGGUGGGUGUGGUUCAUGUGGUUAUGAGUCUAACAGACACGUUUUUGCUUGGGUAGAGAUUGCUUCAUCUUCAUGUGAGGAUGGCUGGUUAUGGUGAUGUUCAGAAGUGGGGACUGGCGGUGCAGAGAAAGUAAAGUUGAGUGAGCUGUGAGAGAGAGAGAGACAGAGAGGAGAGAGUAUAGAGAGUAUGGAAUUAAAGAGUUCCAUACUGUUUAAACUGGGGUUUUUGGUUUUGGCAUUAAUGAGGAUUGCUUCUGCUACUCUCUCUCCUUCUGGUGUAAACUAUGAAGUUCAAGCUUUAAUGGCUAUUAAAGGUAAUCUACACGAUCCAUAUAAUGUUCUGGAGAAUUGGGACAGCAAUUCUGUGGAUCCUUGUAGCUGGAGGAUGGUUACUUGCACUUCAGAUGGCUAUGUUUAUGCUUUGGGGCUUCCAAGUCAGAGCUUAUCUGGGACCUUGUCUCCAAUGAUUGGAAACCUUACUAAUUUACAGACAGUCUUGCUGCAGAAUAAUGCCAUUUCAGGUCCUAUUCCAGAAACAAUUGGGAAGUUGGAGAACCUUAAGACACUCGAUCUCUCCAACAACACAUUCAGUGGUGAAAUACCUUCCUCCUUGGGGGAUCUCAAAAACCUUAACUAUUUGCGGUUAAACAACAACAGUCUCACAGGACCCUGCCCUGAAUCACUCUCAAAUAUUGAGGGUCUCACUCUUGUGGACCUUUCAUAUAACAACCUUAGGGGUUCCCUGCCAAAAAUAUCUGCAAGGACAUUCAAAGUUCUUGGGAACCCUUUAAUUUGUGGCCCUAAAGGCAACAACUGUGCUGCAGUCUUUCCGGAACCAAUUUCUCUUCCACCAGAUGGUCUAAAAGGGAACUCUGGCACAAAAAGCCAUCAAAUGGUUGUUGCUUUUGCUGCGAGCUUUGGUGCUGCAUUUUUUGUGAUACUUGUUAUUGGGUUGUUUGUUUGGUGGCGAUAUAGACACAACCAGCAAAUUUUCUUUGAUGUCAAUGAGCAAUAUGACCCAGAGGUUCGCUUGGGCCAUUUGAAGAGGUAUUCAUUUAAGGAGCUUAGGGCUGCAACGGAUCAUUUCAGCUCAAAGAAUAUUUUAGGGCGAGGUGGAUUUGGGAUUGUUUACAAGGGAUGCUUGAAUGAUGGGAAUCUGGUGGCUGUCAAAAGGCUGAAGGACUAUAAUAUUGCUGGUGGUGAAAUCCAGUUUCAGACUGAAGUAGAGACGAUAAGUUUGGCUGUCCAUCGAAAUCUGCUACGGCUCCGUGGGUUCUGCUCAACUGAGAAUGAAAGACUUCUGGUUUACCCUUAUAUGCCAAAUGGAAGUGUGGCAUCUAGACUACGAGAUUACAUUCAUGGGCGGCCUGCUUUAGACUGGGCAAGGAGAAAGAGGAUAGCCUUGGGUACAGCUAGAGGACUACUUUAUUUGCAUGAGCAAUGUGACCCCAAAAUUAUCCACCGUGAUGUCAAAGCAGCCAACAUUUUGUUGGAUGGAGACUUUGAGGCUGUUGUUGGAGAUUUUGGGUUGGCAAAGCUUCUAGACCACAGAGAUUCUCAUGUUACCACAGCAGUGCGUGGAACUGUUGGCCACAUUGCUCCUGAGUACUUGUCAACUGGCCAGUCAUCUGAAAAGACUGAUGUCUUUGGAUUUGGUAUCCUGCUUCUUGAGCUAAUCACAGGUCAGAAGGCCUUAGAUUUUGGACGAGGAGCAAACCAGAAGGGUGUAAUGCUUGAUUGGGUAAAGAAGCUCCAUCAGGAAGGCAAACUGAGCCUGUUAUUGGACAAGGAUCUCAAGGGAAAUUUUGACGGAAUUGAGUUGGAAGAAAUGGUACGUGUCGCUCUUUUAUGCACACAAUUCAACCCUUCUCACCGGCCUAAAAUGUCAGAAGUAUUAAGGAUGUUAGAAGGUGAUGGUUUAGCUGAGAGAUGGGAGGCAUCACAGAAGGUUGAGAUCCAAAGGUUCCGACCAUGGGAAAACCCUCCUCAAAGAUACUCAGAUUUUAUAGAAGAAUCCUCACUUGUGGUAGAAGCAAUGGAGCUCUCUGGCCCUAGGUAACAAACUCUCAACCAAGUUUCUUAGCUUUGAAAUGCAAAAGCAUUUGAUUGGUGUUGAUAGUUGUUGAGUGCUUGUAUUCAUCUUGUAAAAAGGAAAUAUCAAAAUCUUGUAUAAACAUCUUGGUCUUAAUGGAAUUAGUUCAAAGUUGAUU